AUGCCAAUCGCCGACUGUUCGACUAGCCAGCGGCCGACGUCCCGCCGCUGCUCUGAAAAGGAUCCACUCAAAGACAAUAAAACCCCAAUAAUUUCACGACCACUGCAUCCAAAUUUCGGGUGGUCCUUCAGAAGCUCACUGGUCAAGACUCUGGCCUGUUGGGUUAUGUCAGGCUUGAGGUGGGUCGAGGUUGUUCAGAAGCGAGGGGGCGGUGGAGGUGGUGGCGGAGCAGCUGCUCACCGCACCCGACGCAGCCGCUCGAAUCCUCGCAUGGUCCCGCCACUAUUGCUCGCUGCAGCCGGAUGA